UGGUUUGAUAAUAGUUAAUACAAGUGGUAUUUUAAUUUUUGUAUUGAGUUAGUAAGUGUGACCAAAAAUAAAGUGACAAACUAUACAAAGGUUCACAAAAUUUGGAAGCCUAAAAGAUCGCGUUAAAAGAAUUCUUUUAAGAAGUGUUUCCAAAUCAAUUUUUCUAAACUGUGAAUUAAAUAAAAGUAUAAAAUUGUGCUUAACAAAAAAAUAAAAAUAAAUAUCAAAAAUCUGUGUAGUGAUAUGAGAGAAAGUUGACGCCAUGAGGGGCGAAUGGAGAAGCGCACAACUUCUACGAGACCCUGAAAUGGGGGACAACGACCGGGAUGGGGUCUUUUGUGUCAGCAGGGUAAAUCCAAUGUUUAUUGAUGACAAUGACCAAGAGAUCAACAUGAAGGACGUCGAUCUCGACAAGGAUCUCGCCAGAUGUCCAAUGAUGAGAGAAAGAUCCAAUUCAUCUGGUUAUGGAUCUUCCAAUCAUAGUGAGGGAAUUUAUAAUGAUGACUUCAAAGACAGCCCUGUUCAUUCCAACAAUGCGACUCUGAGUGGUCCGCCUACCAAAAAACCAGAUCAAAUAACGACUAGUCCUUCUUUUCCAACAAUUUCCCGGUCGCAAUCUCGAUGGACAGAAACGUUUAGAAGUGACUCGGAAUAUUAUCAUCAAAUACCUUUAAGAGAACCUCAAUUUAGCAAUUCCACUGCCGAUAAUAUUUCAAGUUCCAAUGGAGAAGAGGCUGAAACAUGUGAUAAUCAAGAAAAUAUAAAAUCCCUGGAUGAACGAAGUCCUGGUUCUCCAAAACCACGUCCUCGACUGAGUCUGCCCCAAUCAAGAGUUCUAGGAAGUCUGGAAAAUACUACGAAUGUAUUAAAUAACAAAGAGAAUGUAUUUAUCAUAUCCAAAGAUUUAGAACAUAGAGAACCAAUUUUAAGGACUUCUCAACCUGUUUAUCUGGCUCGAAAUACACGAAUCAGUGAAUAUCAAAAUUAUCCUAUCUACGAGAACCCGAUUGGUAAAUCUGAGUGUUACCAAAGAGACGGAGGGUUUAGACAAAAUCCUGAACUACUUUUGAGGAACCAACGGUUUCACAAUCAGAUCACAAAACCUCUCCAAGUAAACCGUGAUAGUCCACAAAAUUUUACACCUAGAAAUCGGGAUCUCUAUCCUGGUGGAAGAUACCGACGUGAAUCUAGGGCAUCAUCUUUGUCUUCUGGAUCUGUCACUUCAUCCUCUGGCCAAGGAACUUUGUCAACAAUUCCUGAAGGCAAACUUCUUACUGAAGACUAUCAAUGUUUUGGUGAUGUUUUAAGCAGGAAGAAUAAUUUGGAGAGCGCUUCGGUUGCUGAGAAUUCUGAAUGUGAUAGUAAGGAUAAUUUCGAGGUUUUGAAGCAUACUUCUGAAGUACAAAAUGGACACCAUCAAGGAUUUGCCAUACCCAGACCAGUGUGGCCUCCCAUGGAUCGAAUCAUCUUAGCUCGAAGGAAGUAUGACGGUUGGGAUUCCGACUCCAACCUCACCCAUCAUCCAGAUCCGGCUCAUUUCGACUCAAAAAUGAGUCGACACGAUUCUAAUAACCGGAGGAAUUCCAAUUUCGAAAUUGACUUGAAUCUAGAUCCAAGAUUUCAGGAUCAGGAAGAUGACGGAAUUGGAAAUGAAGACGAAAUCAUAGACGGUAGAGGAAGUUCUACUAUUGGUGACAGACGUGAACCAAGUGAUGAUAAUAAAAGCAAAUGUCGUUGCGAUGCUUCAAGGAUGCUAGUCAAACUUUCACAAGAAAUCGAAUCCAUACUUUUAGAAGCUCAUUCUCCUAGAAGUGCAUUGCUGACGAUCCGCCAAGAACUUUUGGGUCACAUUAGGAACCACGAUUGUUCCGAAACCCAAUGUGACGUUUCGACAGGCAAAGCCCGUCAUGAUAUCAACAACAUGACGACUGAUGAUGUCUACGGAUUAGAAGUCACGACAGAUAUAUCAAAUGCCAGGACUGACCCAUGUCAAUCUGCUGACGACAGGGUGAUGGGCGCUGAUAAGAAUGUGGAUCUUUUGCAGCAGAAGCCCAAUGUUUUUCCAAGGAGUGAAGUAGAUGUUCAUCAUAGUUCAAAUAAUGAUUUAUCAAACUGUGAAGACGCUAUGAGGCGUUUGAGUGUAUGUUUGAGGAGCGACAGAAAGCUGUUGACCGUGACUAGAGCUUUUGGCGAUAAAGAUCCCAUGCUGAAUUUCAAGAACGAAAUAUUCAAUACGAAAAAUAUCGGGAGUCAAAAAGCUUAUAAUAGUGAACUUUAUAAUUCAGAAAGUGAAAAUUUAAAAUCUAAUAAUCAGUGUGAAUAUGUGAAUGUGAAAAGUGACCCAAUAGUGAAAACUAAAUGUGAAUUUGUGAACCGAAACAGUAAAGGAAAUUGUGAUAAUAUGUCAGAGUUGAGUAUUAACUAUGAACUGAUGGACAAGGACAAAAAGGAUCUUUGCGGUAAAGAGACAAGAGCUCACCGUGAAAAACCUAGCAUAUGGCAAAUGUAUUAUAUGCAAAGUUCUAAAACGCAGCAUAUAAAAGACGAAAUCAGCAGCAAACUGAAAAACCAAAAAGCCAAGCACAUACCAUACUUUAAGGUGUUUGAGAUAUAUGAUUUCAAUAGAAAAUCUGGUAUCAUACUGCUUGAUACCGAGCUGGCCGAAGUUAAGAUCGAUGCAGAGAUUAAAGAAUGUUGCUAA